CUGUGAGUGAAAGUGAAACUAACGGAGUUGAACAUAACGGAUUUUUCUCACUUAGUGAUUAAAGGAGGAAAUCAGGAGGAAACGAAUGAUGGAGGGAAGGGGACCAGACUCACCAGAACCCAGCUGUGUGUCCACGAAGAGUGAUAAAUCAAUGGACAAGCCAAUUGGGUUCAGAGACAGAGACAGAUCUACUGAUCAGAGAAUGAUGAAGAGAAAGAGAUCAGACUCACCAGAACCCAGCUGUGUGUCCAUGAAGAGUGAUAAAUCAAUAGACGAGCCGAUUGUGUUUAAACACACAGACAGAUCUACUGAUCAGAGACCGCAAAAGAAGAAAUUGAGGAUAAUUGAGGAUUCGUUGGAGAACGUAUUCAAGGAGUUGGAAGGCAAAGUCAUCACUCUGAUGAAGAAUGAGCUGAAGAGGUUUCAGAAGCUCCUGAGUCCAGAUUACCCAGCAUGCACUGAGAGGGAAGUGCAGGAUGAGGAGGAUCUGCACAGUGUCAGAGAGGGAGCGCUGAAGAUUACACUGCACGUCCUGAAGAAAAUGAAUCACACAGAUCUUGCUAACACACUGCAGAACGAGCUGUGUCCAGCGUUUGAGUGUCAACAAACAUUAAAAUCCACACUGAGAGAGAAAUGUAAAAGAAUUAAUGAAGGAAUCUCACAGCCUGGAAGUUCAGCACUUCUGAAUGAGAUCUACACAGAGCUCUACAUCACAGAGGGUUGGAGUGGAGACGUCAAUAAUGAACAUGAGGUGAGACAGAUUGAGACAGCGUCCAGGAGACCAGCAGCACAGGAGACACCCAUCAAAUGUAACGAUCUCUUUAAAGACAAGUCCAUCAGAACUGUGCUGACUAAAGGAGUUGCUGGAAUUGGAAAAACAGUCUCUGUGCAGAAGUUCAUUCUGGACUGGGCUGAAGGAAAAGCAAAUCAGGACAUUACCUUCAUGUUUCCACUUCCAUUUAGAGAGCUGAAUCUGAUGAAGCAGAAACAUCUCAGUCUGAUGGAUCUUCUUCAUCACUUUUUCCCUGAAAUUAGAAAACUAGAAUUAAAAGACUGUGACUCCUACAAAGUCCUGUUCAUCUUUGAUGGUCUGGAUGAGUGUCGACUUCCUCUAAAUUUCCAGAAGAAUGAGAGAUUGUGUGAUGUGACAGAGUCAGCCUCAGUGGAUGUGCUGCUGACAAACCUCAUCAAGGGGAAUCUGCUUCCCUCUGCUCUCCUCUGGAUAACCUCUCGACCAGGAGCAGCCAAUCAGAUCCCUUCUGAGUGUGUAGACCAGGUAACAGAGGUACGAGGGUUCAGUGAUCCUCAGAAAGUGGAGUACUUCAGGAAGAGGAUCCGUGAUCAGAGCCUGGCCAAUAAAAUCAUCUCACACAUGAAGUCUUCAAGAAGCCUCCACAUCAUGUGCCACAUCCCAGUCUUCUGCUGGAUCUCAGCCACUGUUCUAGAGAGAAUGUUGGGUGAAGCAGAGAGUGGAGAGAUCCCCAAGACUCUGACUCAAAUGUUCACACGCUUCCUGAUCUUUCAGAUCAAACACAAGGACCAAAAGUACCAUCAGAAAUGUGGCCCUGAUCCUCAGCAGACCAGAGAGAGUAUCCUGGCACUGGGAAAACUGGCUUUCCAACAGCUGGAGAAAGGAAACCUGAUCUUCUAUGAGGAAGACCUGAGAGAGUGUGGCAUUGAUGUGAGAGAAGUGUCAGUGUACUCAGGAGUGUGUACCCAAAUCUUCAGAGAGGAGUUUGGGCUUCACCUGGAGAAGGUCUUCAGCUUUGUACAUCUGACUGUUCAGGAGUUUCUGGCUGCUUUAUACACAUUUCUCUCCUUCAUCAGCAGAAAUGUAACAGAACAACCAACCACUGAUCUGUCUGAUCUUCUCACCAAGUCAGACAUGUCUGAUCUCCUCAGGAGUGCAGUGGACAAGGCCUUACAGAGUGAGAAUGGACACCUGGACCUGUUUCUCCGCUUCCUUCUGGGUCUCUCACUGGAGUCCAAUCAGACUCUCUUACGAGGCUUAAUGCCACAGACAGGAAGCAGCUCUCACAGCAAACAGGAAACAGUCAAGUACAUCAAGAAGAUGAUCAGGGAGAAUCCAUCUCCAGAGAAAUCCAUCAAUCUGUUCCACUGUCUGAAUGAACUGAAUGAUGAUUCUCUAGUGCAGGAAGUACAGACUUACCUGAACAGAGAAUAUUACUGUAGUCUCAGUGGAACCAGACUCUCUCCUGCUCAGUGGUCAGCUCUGGUGUUUGUGUUACUGAACUCAGAUCAGGAACAGGAUGAGUUUAAUUUGAGGCAAUAUGACCCAUCAGACGAAUGCCUUCUGAAGCUGCUGCCAGUGGUCAAAGUCUCCAGAAAAGCUGAUCUGUGUGGGUGUAAACUGACAGAGGAAAGCUGUAGAGAUCUGUCGUCAGUUCUCAGUUCAAACUCCUACAGACUGACAGAACUGGACCUGAGUGACAAUAACCUUCAGGAUUCAGGAGUGAAGCUGCUCUCUGCUGGACUGGAGAAUCCACACUGUGCACUGGCGAUACUGAAGCUGAGUGAGUGUAAUCUGACAGAGGAAAGCUGUAGAGAUCUGUCGUCAGUUCUCAGUUCAAACUCCUCUAGACUGAGAGAACUGGACCUGAGUUACAAUAACCUGCAGGAUUCAGGAGUGACGCUGCUCUCUGCUGGACUGGAGAAUCCACACUGUACACUGGAGAUACUGAGUCUGUGUGGGUGUAAUCUGACAGAGGAAGGCUGUAGAGUUCUGUCCUCAGUUCUCAACUCAAACUCCUCCAGACUGAGAGAACUGAACCUGAGUGACAAUAACCUGCAGGAUUCAGGAGUGAAGCUGCUCUCUGCUGGACUGGAGAAUCCACACUGUACACUGGAGAUACUACGGAUGACUGCCUGCAGGAUUACAGAUGAAGGUUAUUCUGCUCUGGCUUCAGCUCUGAAUUCAAACUGCUUAUCACACCUGAGAGUGCUGAGUCUGUUAGGUAAUAAAACAGGAGAAUCAGGAGUGAAGCUGCUCAAUGAUCUAAAGGAGGAUCCACACUGUAAACUGGGGACACUAUGCUUUUAGUCAUAAUACCUCACCAGGACUGACAUGCGAUGUGUUUCUGCUCAGCAAGGCAUCAUGCAGUUUGUUGUAGCAUGACACUAAAACAUUUCAUUCUCUAUUAAAGUGGUGAUGUUUAAUGCUGAUUUAAUCCUUUUUCCUCGAGAAUAAUUAAAAAAAUCUUUGUACAUUGUUAAUCUGUUUUGUAAUGGCAAUUAUGUUAACGACUCUGUUGCCUAAUUUGUUGUCAUUGUGAUUAAUGACUUCAACUCUGUCUACUGAUAGUUGGGUCCAGACCAGCAGGUUUCUUAACCCAAUUUUUCCAAAAACAUGAUAUUUUGUUGUAGAAAAGAGCAGAACUGACACCUUAUUGAUUCUAUAUUAAAAUGUGUUAUUGGGUCUUUACUGUCCAAAUCUCAGCUCACUGUCCAAAUCUCAGCUAUACUGUCCAUAUCUCAGCUUUAAUGUCCAAAUCUCAGCUUUAAUGUUCAUAUCUCAGCUUUAAUGUCCAAAUCUCAGCUUUAAUGUCCAUAUCUCAGCUUUAAUGUCCAAAUCUCAGCUUUAAUGUACAAAAAUGUCCAAAUCUCAGCUAUACUGUCCAUAACUCAGCUUUAAUGUCCAUAUCUCAGCUAUAAUGUCCAUAUCUCAGGUUUAAUGUUCAUAUUUCAGCUUUAAUGUACAAAAAUGUCCAAAUCAAAGCUAUACUGUCCAUAACUCAGCGUUAAUGUCCAAAUCUCAGCUUUAAUGUCCAUAUCUCAGCUUUAAUGUCCAAAUCUCAGCUUUAAUGUACAAAAAUGUCCAAAUCUCAGAUAUACUGUCCAAAUCUCAGCUUUAAUGUCCAUAUCUCAGGUUUAAUGUUCAUAUUUCAGCUUUAAUGUCCAAAUCUCAGCUUUACUGCGCAUAUUUCAGCUUUAAUGUUUAUAUCUCAGAUUUAAUGUCCAAAUCUCAGCUUUAAUGUUCAAAUCUCAGCUUUAAUGUUCAAAUCUCAGCUUUAAUGUUCAUAUCUCAGCUUGUACUAAUUUGUCAUGACACAGCGUCUCAGAAGAAAUGUGGGGUUUUUUUUGCAUAUCUUUCCUGUUAAUAAUCAUUAUGAUGAUGUUAAGAUAUGUUCUUCUCUGGUGAUCGGUUCACAAUUAUUCUGUAAGUCCACGCCGGCUAAUUACACUAAACAUGCAUAUGAGUGUACGUAAGCUCACUGGAUAAAAUAGUUUGAAAGAGAUCAACUAUAAAGUAACAGUAUUAAAUGUAUUUUCAUAUAACUUUUAUAACUGCAUCUAGUUUGAACUAUUGAACAUAUUUUGAUUGAGGAAUGUCUUGUAUAUGCACUUUAUAUCUAAUUGUGAUUUAAUAUAAUUUUGUAAACAUGUUUUCAUAUAUUCAUCUACAGUGUGUGUACAAAAUAAACACUAACUGUGGCUAAACCACAGCAGUUCAUGUGUUACGUCUCAGUAACAAAAUCAAAGUCAGAGUGUGUUCUGUGUCCUUAUUUAAUAAUGGGUUUUAGUAUUCUUGUGUGUGUGUGUGUGUGUGUGUGUGUGUGUGUGUGUGUGUGUGUGUGUACGUACUCCAGAAAGCCAGUAUACAGUAUGUUGUACUAAUGUACCCACAAAGUCAGUGUGUGAUCUGUAGGUUGCCAUGUGUGUGUAUGUGUAGGUAUUGUGUAUACAUACAGUACCCUCCACUAAUAUUGGCACCCUUGAUAAAUAUGGGCAAGAAGAUAAAGAAGGCUGUGAAAAUUGUCUUUAGAGUAACCCACAGUUACACUGACGACACACUGCUUCAGCUGUUCUCUGCCAAAUCUGUUUGAAUGUCUUCAUGACAUUAAAUGCUGGAUGGACUUGUUUUUUUUUUGUUUUGUUUUGUUUUUUUUACAGCUAAAUAGUGUAAAACUGAAAUAAUAAUUUUUGGCCCACCAGUUUCAACUACUGCUAUUUUCCCAUGUUGUGUUUUGAUAAGCAGAUCAGUGCUGCUAACAAAAGCAGCUUUUCCAGCUGAGAUCAAUUGCUAAAAUUAAGACAAUGCUCUCUAAGAAGGACCUUAGGACCUCAUGCUUGUAUAACAUCAGGGUUAGACUACUGCAAUUCCCUCUAUUUUGGAUUGCCUAAAACUGCUCUAGAUUGCUUGCAAAUGGUACAAAAUGUGGCAGCUAGAUUAUUGACUGGCACCAGCAAAUGUGAGCAUAUAACUACUGUCCUUGCCUCUUUACACUGGUUGCCACUCAAUUUCCACAUUGAUUUUUAAAUUUUGUAUUCGUUUUUAAAGCUUUACAUGGACUUGCUCCCCAGUACAUAUGUGAUCUCCUUACUCCAUAUACUGCCGCAAGAUCUCUUUGAUCAUCCAGUCAACUCCUCCUUUCAGUCCCUUGUUCACAUUUUUGUUCAAGUUCAUUUAAUUUAAAAAGCAUGUUUAAAAACAGCCCGAGACUGACCAAAGUGCUGCAGAGAAGACACAAGAAACAAUGCUAGAAUACAAGGAAAUAAAUAAAUAAAUAAGUUAAAAGGCAAAGAAAAAAGAUAUGUAUUAAGAAGGGAUUUAAAGAUUUAUAGGGGGGGCACCACUCUAAUUUCUAAUGGUAAACAAUUCCAUAAUCUGGGCCCGGCCACAGAGAAAGCUUGUUCCCCUCUGCGUUUUUAAUCUGGUGCGAGGGACAGUGAGAAGGUUUUAACCAAUAGAUAAUAAAUAUAAUAAAAUAAAAUUGCUGUUCAUAAAGUACUGCAGCUGUCCUAUCACAAUCUUCUCCAAUACCUUAGAGAUGAAGGCUAACACUGAAAUAGGACAGAAUUUUUUAAAAACAGAGGUUUCACGUGAAGGCUUCUUGAGUAAGGGGUGACAAUGGCCACUUUUAAGCAGAGAAUUCACAACAUUAAAAUCCAUAAAUAAAGUUAUGUGUAAUAAAGGGGAAUGACUUUAUUGACAAUACUUAUUUCCCCCACUGUAUAUACCUUCUCCUAGGAGACUAGUUACAGACUGAAGAGAGAGAGUUUUAAAGCGACAGUACCAAAUUAACUACAGCUGUAGCAGAAUUUCCAUUUAAUGCAUCGAUACCACUGUAACCCAUAUAAAACACAUGAACAACAAUAUAUAAUGAUUUAGGUGAAAUAAAACUGCCUAUUUGGUGAUAGGAUUGAAAUUAUUUAAUAUUUUUUUUAAAAAAGGUAACUUUAGAUGUUUGAGCUUUUGAGCUGGAAACAAGACAAAAGUGAAUUAGAAAAAAAAAUGUUGGAGUCUAUCAGUUUGCUGAAAAUUAGCUGGAUGCAGGAUUGUACAGAGCUAAUGUACUCAAUUCAAUCAUCACAAUAAUGCGAUUGCAGCCGCAUGCAGAUGGCCAUUAACUUUAUUUAACUCUACUUAACUCUUUCAGUGGCCUAUCUGACCUGGACCAGAUUAGCCAUGCACAUGCUAAUAACAGUUUCAUAAAGCUAAUUAUACCUUAAAUUAUCUACUUCUGGUUUGGUACUUACAUCACUAAUACAUAUUUUUCUCUAUUAGCUAAAUCCAGAGUUCAACAUCAUGUAUUAGCAGUAGCUAAACUAUUAGCAUGGAACAGAAUCAGUAAAACACAUUAUACAUCAGUGUAAUAGCUCUUUCAAACUUUUUUUUUAUUACUUCUAUACACUGUAUGUCUCAUUCCACACUUACACAACACUGUGAUUCAGUCUUAAUUAUAGCAACAAUGAUAAAUUAUUACAAAUUAUUAUUUUCAGACUCAAUAAAUAAACACAUCAAACACUUCACUACCUGUUAGACACAAUAUAUAUAU